AUGGCCUCUAGUCCCUUCACAGCAUCUACAGCCCACAGUUCACCCCCUCCAGCAGAAGCACCUAACCUGGACUUGAGCAUCUUACCACCAAUGUUCGUUUUACCUACCCAUCUUGCUGAGGAAGACCUCCAUGAGCUAGAAGACAAGCUAGUCGAGCAGGGCGCGCAGUUGACCUACGAUAUCACCGAAGCUAAGAUAGUGAUCGGGAAAGUCGGCACUAAGCGCCGCGCCGAGAUGGAGUUGCGCUGCCGGAGGUUGUGGACCGAGGAAAUGGCUCCUGUAAAAGAUCCGCCAAGGAGGGGUAUGGAGGGAGUGGAGCCACCGAGAAAACGGCAACGUGUCGAGAAUGUGACAGAGGCGAUAAAGCCCGACCAGGAAGCUAUCGUCAUUGACGACUCCACGACGGAAGACGAGACCGAGAGUGUGGUUCGUAGAGCGCCAGAGCCGACGGAGAAGAAGAGGUCGCUACCUCGAACGCCGUCAUUGGAGAUUCCGAGCACGCCGGACUCGAAGGAUGUGCCCGUUAAUGCUGCCGAUUUCCAGGAUGUUGUCAAGGUGGUUAAGCUGGAGUGGCUAGAUGACUCUUCCGAGGCGGGGCGGCUACUCCCUUUCGAUAACUAUGUUGUGUAUCAGGGACGACCAACAGCAAGGCCCGAAGGAGUCUCAACGCCGACACCAGCCAAAACACCACCCUCAAAGGCAAAAGCAGCACGUGCUCCAUCACAACGCAUCUUCGCCGAUAAGCCGCAGCAGGCGCAAGGCAUUUUGGAGCGGGCGAAAGCAGAUGCGGAAGCGGCCGGCCCAAAACACGGCCUCACGCACUACGGUCUAGCAAAGAACCAGGGCAUCCGUCGACUCGGAGACAAGAACCUGCCAUCAACGCUCCGCCGUGCCGAUGACACCAGCGCACAGAAGGCCGCUCUCCUCCAACAGACCACAAGCGAGUACGAAGGCCACACCAGCGACUUCCCCGAGCCGCCCGACUGGGUGAAACAGCAUCUCAAGUACUCCUGCCAGCGCUCUACGCCGCCCAACCCCCCCAACGAGCCCUUCAUCACAGAACUCAAGAAGAUCAAACUCGCCCGCCUCCUCACCGGUGACGAAAUCGGCGUCCGCGCCUACAGCACCUCCAUCGCCUCCCUCGCCGCGUACCCCUACCUUCUCAGCCACCCGCGCGAGAUCCUCAAUCUGCCCGGGUGUGACACCAAGAUCGCGAACCUCUGGAUCGAAUGGAAAAACAGCGGCCGCAUUGUCGCUGCCGAUGAGGCAGAGGACGACGACGCGAUGACGGUUCUCCGCCUCUUUUACAACAUCUGGGGCGUUGGCGCCACAACCGCCCGCGAAUUCUACCACGACCGCGGCUGGCGCGACCUUGAUGACAUUGUCGAGUACGGCUGGGCGACCCUGACGCGUGUGCAGCAGAUUGGGGUGAAGUUCUACGACGAGUUCCUCACCGGGAUUCCGCGCGCUGAAGUCGAGCUUAUCGGCGAGAUCGUCCGCGAGCACGCCGCCCGUGUUAGGGACGACGAUGUUGAAGUCACGAUUGUGGGGGGCUACCGCCGCGGCAAGCUGGAGAGCGGCGAUGUGGAUAUGAUCGUCUCGCACCCCGACCUCGAUAAGACUGCUAACCUGGUUACGGAUAUUGUCGCCAGCCUCGAGACAGAGGGCUGGAUCACGCAUACGCUGCUUCUUAGCCUGACUGGCACGCAGCGCGGGCAGGCUACUCUGCCGUUCCGCGCUUCCGGUGGCGGCGGCCACGGCUUUGAUACCCUGGAUAAGGCGCUCGUUGUCUGGCAGGACCCUGUCUGGCCUACCCGUGACGCUGAUUUGGCUGCGAACCCCAAAGCGAAGAAUCCGAGUGUUCAUAGGAGAGUCGAUAUUAUCGUGUCUCCGUGGCGGACGAGAGGAUGCGCCAUCGCUGGGUGGAGCGGCGGCACGACGUUCCAGCGGGAUCUAAGACGGUAUGCGAAGAAUGUCAAGGGGUGGAAGUUCGACAGUAGCGGUGUGAGGGACAGGAGCUCGGGAGAAGUUGUCGAGCUUGAGGGGCCAGAGGGAGUGGAAGGGACGGCGGAAGAGGCUGAGAGGACGGUGUUUGAGGGAAUGGGACUGCCUUGGUUCAGACCCGAGGAGCGGUGUACGGGAUGA